AUGUCUUCCUCACGACCAUCCUCCAUAACGGCCAUGCCCACCUCCACCUCGGCCCAGUCCCGCUUUCUCGAGGGCUCCAUGAACGACCGCACCAGCAACGUCCCGCCGCCCGAGUUCAUGGGCCAGAGCCCUUCCCUGGCCCAGCAGCAGUCCUUCGAGCGCCAGUUCGGCUACAACCCGGUCUCGGGCCAGUCGGUCUCGCUGCCCCAGAUCCAGUCCUCCGCGAGCUCCUCCUCGGGGCCUCCUGGCCGCCCGCGCGUCACCUCGGGCAACCGCAACUCGGUCCAGUCGACGGCCAGCGACGCCUCGGUCGCCUCCAAGCGCAGCUUCUUUGCGCGCCUCGGCGACGGCGUGCGCGAGCGCCUGAGCUUCGUCGGCCGGUCGCGCUCCACGAGCACGGUGGGCAGCUGGAAGGCCGGCGCCGGCGCCGGCGCUACAGAGUCGAGGGACGCGCAGAGGAGGGACGAGGUACAACACGAGGCGCCCGCGCAGGCGCAGCAGCUGGAGCUGCACACCGUUCAUAUUGGCAACAGCCACAACGACAGCGAAGGCGACGUCAAUAUGGAGCAGGCGCCGCCCCUGGACCCUUCAGAGCAGCAGCAGCAGCAGCCCACGAGCAUGCCACCGUCACUACCGGCUGCUUUUACCACAUCCUCCUCCUCGGGCUCGGGUGCUCGACCUUCGCCGGACGAGAUCAUGGCCUCGUACAAGCAGCUCCAGCAAUCGGGCUUCUUCUCGGCCCACGCCAUACAGUCCACGCGGCACGUCCCGCCCCCCUCAGCGGCAAACUUGCCUCCUCUGCCCCCUCCCCCGCAACAGGCAGCUCCGGCGCCUCCCUUGCUCUUCUCCAAGCCCCUGCCGGACCUGCCCGCCUUCGAACCCCUGCCCACCAUCCCCUCUACUGGCGCGCAGGUCGGCAGCCCGACUAUCGCCCAGGGCUUGCAGCAGCAGCAGCAGCAGCAGGAGCAGCGCGGUACCAAGCGCUCCCAGGCCGACGCCGGCGUGUCCUCGGCGAGCGGCAGCGGCGCCGCGCGCAAGCUCGUCAAGAAGCUGCGCAAGAGCACCUCGCGCUUCGGGUCGGACCUCAACACCAGCCUGCGCCGCACGGGCUCCUUCAAGAGGCCCGGCUCGUCUGCGUCGGCUUCCGCAUCAGUGCCCGCUACUACCACCACGCCGUCCACAGUGGCGGCAGAACAGACUUCGCGCCCGUCCCUGUCGGCCAUCCAGAGGCCGCCCUCGGCCUCCCAAGCCUCGUCGGGCGGCGGCGGCUCCAUCCUCACGUCGCGCCGCUCCCUGAGCGCCUCGUUCCGCGGCGGUCGGGGCCGCGACAGGGAGCCCGUGCCGCAGUUCUACAUCCCCGCCAUCUCUGCCAACGGUGGGCAGAUCGACGGCGGCAGCAUAGCCGGCGGCGGUGGCAGCAGGGGGCGGAACAAGCUCUCCAAGAGGACGUCGCGCUCCCGCUCGCGCAGCCGGAACCGCGGCGGCAGCAGCGCCCGCAGCGCGUCUAGGUCGCCUGCUCGGGCGGCUGGGGGUCACCAGGGACGCCGGUCGCCGUCGCCGGCUGCGCGGGCGCUGGCCCGCCGGCCCAAGUCGGCCGACUCGGUCGUGGCGCAGGCCCCGGCGCAGGUGCAGAGCCAGAAGGAGAACCAGAACCACCAGCAGCAGCCGGCGCCGGGCCAGGAGAACGUGCCCCCCCCGGCGGUGGCGCUGGCGGCCGCGCACUCGUUCCACUACCCGCAGCGCGUGCGCGUCGGGCGGCCCGAGCCCCUCGCCGCGGUCGUGGUGCCCGACUCGAACCGCGGCAUCCCCGUCGUGCCGCGGAUCCCCGACGAGUUCAAGUUCAGCGUCGGCCUGCGGAGCCGGCCCGGCAGCGGGGGCGGGGGCGACGGCGCGGCCAAGGGCGACGGCGCGGGCUUUGGCGUGAGCUGCGUCGGCGUCGCUAGCGACGACGAGGACGCCGUCGGGUCCGGGGACGAGGAGGUCCGCGUCGCUGUUGCGGUGCCGAUUCUGAGGGUCCCCAGCCUGAGGAGGUAG